AUGGUAAAUGGUAGGAGGAAGAGAUUGCAGGUCAAAAGGAUGAAAAAGCAAGAUAGAAGUUGGAUUGAGGGGGAACAUGAUCUAGCUGAGGAAGCAACUCAAUUUUAUCAUCAUCAGUUUACACAGGAGGAUAUCUCCUCAGAUUUCUCAUUGCUGCAACAUGUUCCUAAUAUGGUUACUCAGGAGAAAAAUCAAAUACUUACCAGCAUGCCAACUCUAGAAGAUGUUAAGAAUGCAGUUUUUGAUCUAUCAGGAGAUAGCUCAGGUCGUCCAGAUGGUAUGAUAGGAGCAUUUUAUCAAUCUGGUUUUGUAAAGGGAAGAUGUAUCAUUGAGAAUAUACUGUUAACUCAAGAGGUGGUUUCAGAUAUAAGACUUAGGGGAAAACCAGCUAUUGUGGUGCUUAAACUGGAUAUGGCUAAGGCCUAUGAUAGAGCUUCUGGAUUUUUCCAUUCAACAAAAGGUGUUAAGCAAGGAGAUCCACUCUCUACUGCUUUGUUUAUUUUGUCUGCAGAAGUGCUAUCUAGAGUAUUGAACUUUUUAUUUGAGGACAAUAGGUUUAGAAGCUAUGGAAUGCCUAAAUGGAGUGCUAAUUUGAAUCAUCUUGCUUAUGCAGAUGAUACUUCAUUGCAGCUGAUCAUGGGAAUAUUACAGGAGUAUGAGCAGAUGUCAGGGCAGCUUAUCAACAAAGGAAAAAUUUCCUUCCAUAUGCAUAGUAAAGUUGCAAAUGUGAUAGUGCAGCAGGGGGAGGCUAUUACUGGUUUUACUAGGGGAUCUUUCCCUUUCACAUACUUAGGUUGCCCAAUCACACAUGCAAGAAAGAGAAAGACUGAUUAUAGUGACUUGAUCAGAAAAGUGAAGGACAAACUGGCAGCUUGGAAAGGAAGACUUUUAUCUUUUGGAGGAAAUGUUGUUUUGUGUUUUACUGAGUAUGCCAAUUCACCUACUCUCAGCUAUCAGACCUGCAAAAGGUGUUACAUAUGA